AUGAGUGGGGUAGAUCGUGCUGAUCAGAUGAUCAGUUACUAUUCUUGCCCUCGUAAGUCAGCAAGGUGGUAUAAAAAAGUCUUAUUUCACUUAUUAGACGUGACAAUAUGGAAUACAUUUUUUAUUUAUAAAAAACAUUUUUCUCUCAAUAAUCUGAGAUUUAAAGACUUCAGAGACUCUCUUAUUAGAAAUUUCAUACAAAUUCCUGUAGAUGCAACUUCUGAUCAAUUAUUUAAAAAAAUAAAACCCAAAAGAUCAGACAUUGUUAUACCGGAUAAUGCACACUUUCAAGUAACAAUUCCACUUCCUGAAGGUUACAAAAGAAAAAAAUACUUCAAAAACUGCGUUGUACGUUUCAAAAAGAAAGUUCGAAAACAAACUUCAUUUCAAUGCAAGACGUGUAAGGUUGGAUUAUGUGCAGGAAAAUGCUUCGAAGUUUACCAUAUAGACAAAAAUUUGGAAUAA